GAGGCCGAAGCCGAGGUUGCGCCGGGGCUGUCGGGUGAGGUCGACGUCCCGCCGGCGCUCGUGGCUUGGUGACUGACAGUGCGGGACCGCCUGAGAGGAGGCGGUGCGCGUGCAAAUGAGGGUCUGUGCCUGCGUCAGAGGAACCUGGUGGGCGGGAGGGGGUGGCCGCGACUCUGCGUGUUUGCGUCCGCGACCCGGCGGCGUGCAUAGCACAGAGUAUCUUGGAAUGGCCGAAGGCUCUUAAGUGACAGAGCAGGAAACCCUCCUGCGGGACACUCAAUAUUUGUCCGCAAAUCAACUACUUAAAGCCCAGUGCGGGCUAAGCCCUAGAGUCUCAGGAAGGUGCCCAUGCGGGGCGGCUGAGGCCAAACCAUUUCUUGUCCACCUUACCUGAAGAAGACAGAGCUCAGAACACAUCCCCGCAAGACAGCGAAGAGGGAGACCAUGGAGACUCCGUACAGAGAUGACACUGAAACAUGGAACAAGUAAUCACUAGGAAAUACAAGAGCUAGGACUCAUAUCCAGAGUACACUGACUCUGGAGUCUCUCUCUGCACCAGGUAAUCCCUUCAACAGCUGCCCGAGCUCUGCCCUCUCAGAGCAUAUCUUUUCUCUAAAUGAAGAGCCAGGAAGAGGUAGAGGUGACAGGAAUUGAACUUCUUAAAGCCAUGCUCCCGGAUUCACUGACUUUCACAGAUGUGGCCAUAGACUUCUCCCAAGAUGAAUGGGAAUGGCUCAGUCUUGCUCAGAGAAGUUUGUAUAGGAAGGUGAUGUUGGAAAACUAUAUGAAUCUGGUUUCAGUGGGUCUUUGCAUUUCUAAGCCGGAUGUGAUCUCUUUAUUGGAACAAGAAAAAGAGCCCUGGAUGGUGACAGAACAGAUAACCAGAGGCCUGUGUGCAGACUUGGAGUACAUGUGGAUGACCAAGGAAUUAUCUCCAAACCAGAAUGUUUAUAAAGAAAAAUUUCCCCAGGCAAUAAUAAUGGAAAGACAUACAAGCUAUGUCUUUGAAUGUUCCACUUUAGGGAAAAACUGGAAAUGUCAAGACCUGCUUGACAGGGAGCCAGUAAGACAGAGGACCCACUUUAGGCAAGAGACAAUUACUUGUAUAGAUAACAUCACUGAGAAAAGAGACCACUCUCACAAAUCUGGGACAGUUUUUCAUCUGAAUACAUUAUCUCAUAUAAAACAGGUUUUUCCCAUGGAAAAGAGAAUAUGCAAUCAUGAUUCAGAUAAUAAAAGCUUAAAACCACAUUCAAUUGUAAAAAAACAGAAGCAAGUCUGUGGAGAAAAGAAACUUUUAAAAUGUAAUGACUGUAAAAAAAUGUUCAACAAAAUCUCAACCCUUACUCUUCAUCAAAGAAUUCAUACUGGAGAGAAACCCUAUGAAUGUACUGAAUGUGGAAAGGCCUUUAGCCAGAGUGCCCACCUUGCUCAACAUCAGAGAAUACACACAGGGGAAAAACCCUUUGAAUGUACUGAAUGUGGGAAGGCUUUCAGCCAGAAUGCUCAUCUUGUUCAACAUCAGAGAGUUCAUACUGGAGAAAAACCUUAUCAGUGUAAGCAGUGUAAUAAAGCCUUCAGCCAGCUUGCACACCUUGCUCAGCAUCAGAGGGUUCACUCUGGAGAGAAGCCCUAUGAGUGUAUUGAGUGUGGGAAGGCUUUUAGUGAUUGUUCAUCCCUAGCUCAUCAUCGAAGGAUUCACACUGGGAAGAGACCUUAUGAAUGUAUUGACUGUGGGAAGGCAUUCAGACAAAAUGCCUCUCUUAUACGUCAUCGACGGUAUUAUCACACUGGAGAGAAACCCUUUGACUGUGUUGAUUGUGGGAAGGCUUUCACUGAUCACAUAGGACUUAUUCAGCAUAAGCGAAUUCAUACAGGGGAGAGACCUUACAAAUGUAAUGUGUGUGGGAAAGCGUUUAGCCAUGGCUCAUCCCUGACAGUACAUCAAAGAGUUCAUACGGGAGAGAAACCUUAUGAAUGCGAUACCUGCGAGAAAGCUUUUAGCCACCGUGGCUCACUCACUCUUCAUCAAAGAAUUCAUACAGGAGAGAAACCCUAUGGAUGUAAAGAAUGUGGGAAAGCUUUUCGGCAAAGUACGCACCUUAGUCAUCACCAGCGGAUUCAUACUGGAGAGAAGCCUUAUGAGUGUAAGGAAUGCAGCAAAACCUUCAGCCAAAAUGCACACCUUAUGCAACAUCAGAAAAUACACACUGGAGAGAAGCCCUAUGAGUGUAAGGAAUGUGGUAAGGCCUUUAAUCAGAGUGCACACCUUGUCCAACACCAGAGAGUUCACAGUGGUGAGAAGCCUUAUGAAUGUAUUGAAUGUGGAAAAGCCUUUAGUGAUGGCUCAUAUCUUGUUCAGCAUCAGAGACUCCAUGCUGGCAAAACACCAUAUGAAUGUCUUGAGUGUGGCAAGGCAUUUAGGCAGAAAGCAUCUCUGAUUUGUCAUCAAAGGUGUCAUACCAGUGAGAAACCGUAUGAAUGUAGUGUUUGUGGAAAGGCCUUUAGCCAUCAUAAAUCCCUCACUUUACAUCAGAGAAUUCAUACAGGAGAGAAGCCUUAUGAGUGUAAAGAGUGUAGCAAAGCUUUCAGCCAGGUUGCCCAUCUUCUGCUACAUAGGAGAAUUCAUACUGGAGAACGGCCCUAUGAAUGUAAAGAGUGUGGGAAAGCCUUCAGGCAGAGUGUACAUCUUGCUCAUCAUCAGCGAAUUCAUACUGGUGGGGCAUCCUCGAUUGUUCUCUCCUCACUCCCAUACCACCGAGUCCUAUAGAUUCAGUCUUUUAAAUGCCUCUAGAAUCCAUCUACUUUUUCCCAGUGUAAGUCCCAUCAUCAUUGUCUAUCAAACAGCCAUCUUAAUUUGAUUUCUGCAAUUCUGUAACUAUUGUCCCUCUUGCUUCUCUGAAGUACAGUUUUAACACUGUAACAGGCUCUUUUAAAAAUAAAAAUAUAUAAUCAUGCUACUCUCUCCAUUUAAAACUGUCUCUGAAAAAGUAUUAUUCUGUUUCAAGAGUUUAGUGCAAAAUCCCCAAGAUACAGUUAGUGCUAAAUAAAUGCUUGCCAGUAAAGUAAAGGUUUCCCUAUGGACUGACAUUAAGCUGCAAGUAAAUUGAACCAGUAAGUCAAACGUACAGAUUUUACAGCAGACAGCAGACUCUGUAACAAACUCAGAAUUGAAAGGUUUGUUAUGCACAAGGCACAAUGGUAGCUUAUUUACCACUCCUGUAAGAAGAGAAGGACAUGAGGCCUUCCUGAGGAGCAACUCUCACUUCAUCUAGCACCAACAAGAGAGAAUAAGCCAAUUAAA